CGAUUACCACCACACCCCCUUCAAAAAGAACGUUUUUACUCCCCCCGAGACGAGAAGGAAGAAGAGGAGGCCCGCUCUCCAACUCCACCCCCUCAGCCUCCUCUCUUUCUCUCUCUCCCCCCCUCCCUCCUUCCCUCCCUCCCUUUCUGUCUCUGCCCUUUCUUUCCCAAUCUUGCUCCCGAAAUCGAUGGGAAUGAUCUCCAAUUCCUUGACCCAGAAGUUGUGAUUGUUUCCUUUUCUGCUUCCCUGGUUCCCAUCUUAGGAUCCGUUUAUUAUCUUCUUAGAUUCGGAGAUCCAGAUCCGGCUGAUCGGGAUGGCGGCGAUGGCGUCGCGGCGGCUCCGUGAGCUUCAGGCCCAGCCGGGGAACAAGACGUGUGUGGACUGCGCCCAGAAGAACCCGCAGUGGGCCUCCGUCUCCUACGGCGUCUUCAUGUGCCUCGAGUGCUCCGGCAAGCACCGCGGCCUCGGCGUCCACAUCAGCUUCGUCCGCUCAGUCACCAUGGACUCCUGGUCCGAGAUCCAGCUCAAGAAGAUGGAGGCCGGCGGUAACGACCGCCUCAACGGUUUCCUCGCCCAGUACGGUGUUCUCAAGGAGACCGACAUCCCCGCCAAGUACAACACCAAGGCCGCCGCCGUCUACCGCGAUCGCAUCCAGGCCCUCGCCGAGGGCCGCCCCUGGCGGGACCCGCCCGUCGUCAAAGAAACGCUCACGACCGGCGGCGGCUGCCGGGCCACUGGGACAAAGAAGCCCCCAAUCGGUGGCGGCUCCGGUUUAUCGGCGGCGAAUAAUGGAGGGUGGGAUAGCUGGGACGGCGACGACUUCCGGUCGUCGUCGGACAUCCGGCGGAACCAGUCGGUGGGCGAUCUUAGGGCUGGGGGGAGCGGCGGCGGCGGAGGCGGGCGAGGAGCGCAGCCGUCGAGAUCUAGAUCGACGGAGGAUAUCUACACGAGGGUGCAGCUGGAGGCGUCGGCCGCGAACAAGGAGAGCUUCUUUGCGAGGAAGAUAGCCGAGAACGAGUCGAGGUCCGAGGGGAUCCCGCCAUCUCAGGGGGGAAAGUAUGUGGGUUUUGGAUCGACGCCGCCGCCGUCUGCUCGACGCAACAAUCCGCAGGGAGAUGUGCUUCGGGAUACGGUUUCCGUGGUUUCUCAGGGUCUUGGUCGUCUGUCCCUGUUUGCAGCGUCUGCUGCCAAUGUUGUCCAAGCAAGCACGAAGGAUCUGACUUCCAAGGUGAAGGAGGGAGGUUAUGAUCAGAAAGUGAAUGAAACUGUAAGUGUAGUAACUAUGAAGACCACUGAAGUUGGGCAGAAGACAUGGGGAAUCAUGAAAGGUGUUAUGGCAAUGGCAUCACAAAAAGUCGAUGAGUACACCAAGGAAGGGAUCAACUGGAACGGGGAUGAUUGGCAAAGAAAGGAGAGCGAGAAAAAUGGGCACUAUCAAGAUUUUGGACAGGAUAAGGGCUUCAAUUCCUCCGAAGGGAAUUCCUUCAAACGUUACAAUUCUGUCAGCUCUUGGGAUGACUGGGAUGAGAAAGAAAAGAAACAAGAGCCUGAGAAAGGGACCCAAAAUAGUGAAAGCUGGGCAGGGUGGGAUGAUGUGAAAGAUGAUGGCUAUGAUAAUUACAGUUACAGCCCAUCCAACAAGGGUGUCAACCACAAUGGCAAAUCUGGUUCUUUGUGGACUGAGAGCGGCUUCCUUUAAGGUUGGCCAGCUUGUCAGAUCUCUUUUUUCCUUUUAUAAUAUCAAAAUGUGGAGAAACUUGUGUGUUUAUGCUAGUUUAUAAUGUUGAUAGCUUUGGGUUCCCAAUAAUUUCAUUUCUUUUGUACGAAGUCAUCUGAAUACUUGUACUUUGUACUUUAUUUUUGCAUCUGUGACAAUCAACUAUAUCUAUGAUGCUUGCUCUUAUUUUGCCAUUUGAUAA